AUGCCUGCCGGCCGAACCCCGAAUGAGUAUACAAGCUACUACAUCGUUUACUCGAUGGCAGGCAGAAAGGGUAACAGGGGUCGGUUUUAUCAAGCUGAACCGCUUGGUGCCGGUGCCGGUGCCUGGGAGGAAGUCAAGUACAAAAAGGGCUACCGACUUUUUGGGGAGGAAAAUUCUUGGGUUUGCUUCAGUUGGGCUAAGUGGGCAAGGUUAGUAAGUAGCGUAGCUGCUUACCUUACGGAACUAGAUGAUAAUGACGAAGUGAAGUGGUGGAGUGAAGGAAGUGAAGUGGUGAAGGAAGUAAAGAAAAUAACUGGAAACAAAGUUGAUUCGAGAACAUCUAGCACAUUAUACCAUCUCUCCCCACCAGAAAUUGUUCAUGUUCAGAUGAUAGGUCUCUCGUACCUCGUAGAUGCAAAUCUCAAUAUGAGGAGGUGGGAGAUGGGAGGUGGGAGGUGA